UUUUUGUUUGUUUACCUACUUCUAAGGUUUACUUUGAUCAAGUGAUAGUCAAAUGAAAUCAAACAAAAUCCUUUAGAAAUCCCAAAGGAAUAAAAAUGGUCAAUUAUUGUUGUGUGAGUGGUUGCGGCCGGAACAGCCGUAAUAGCAAACAAUUAAAUUUUUACAGUCUUCCAAGAGAACGCUCACGACAAAAAGUAUGGUUCCAAGCAGCCGGCAGGGAGGAUUUGUUAGAAAAAAGUCAAGAUAAACCGCGCUAUCGAUUCUGUUCUCGCCAUUUUGAGCCCAGCUGCAUCAAAUUUAAACAUCUGAAGGUGGACGCGGUGCCCACUUUGCGUUUACCUGGUUCCAACAAUGAAAAUAAGUUGGACUCCGAUGGAGUGUUAGAGCAUGAUGAUGUUGUGUGCAACAACUGUAAAGACGCCAUCUUGGGCUUUAGGUACAAAUGUGUCAUAUGCCCUGACUACGACCUCUGUUCUGUUUGCGAGACAGUCCAGACUCACUCUGAACAUUACAUGCUGAGGAUCUCACGGCCCAUUGAAAACGAAACAACAGAGAAGUUGCUGAAGAAGCUGAAGAACAUAUUGGCAGAUUCAUGUGAGAUCAGCAGUGAUGAUGAACCGAUAACGAAAUACAAGAGAAACUAUGAUAGCGGAGUGGAUUUGUCGGAGGAUCUCAAAUACAAGAUUAGAAAAGAAGUCACCAGGGCAUUGUCUUCCAAGAAAAAGAUAAAGGUCAAGACUGGUAAGAAGCGGGAGUCGGAGUCAAGUAGACCAGUGAAGAGACAGUGCAGGACAACAGAAUCUGAUGAUGAGGGGGGUUGGCCGGAGAUGGUGUUUGUUGAUGAGGAAGUUCCUGAAGUGAAGACCGAGCAGCAUGAGGCCCAGCCCGGGACCUCUGCACAGGGCAUACAGACAGACGUGAGUAUGGAGCAGCCGUUGAUACACGUGAAAAUAAGCGAAGAUUUCAAUGACCUCAUGAUUGAGGUUCCUGAGCAAUCUAUGUAUAAAUAUAGUUAGCAAUAAAUACAUUUAAAAAAUCUGGUUUUUAUUUCUAUG